AUCUGUCCUCUUAAAAAAAGAGGAGGAUUCUAAAACCUUUCAAUUCCCUCCUCCUCCUCCUUCACCUCUAAGGGGACACCACACCGCUCUCAACGCCAAACCCUAGAAAUCGAUUGUCUUCCCCCUCCAUAUAUUCCGUAAAAAUCCAAACCCCUGAUUUUUUGAAAGAGAAAGAAAGGGACUGGAAUGGAGUCGUCUUCAUCAAAUUCCUCGGAGGUAACGCCGCCCUGGCUGGAAUUGCCUCGGGAAAUGACCACGACGAUUCUCCACAAGUUGGGGGCUAUAGAGAUACUGACAACGGCUGAAAAAGUGUGUACUACAUGGCGGAGUCUGUGUCAGGAGCCCGCCAUGUGGCAGUCAAUCGAUAUGCGAAAUGAGGGCAACCUAUGGGAAAUGCCGUACGACUUGGAGAAAAUGUGCCGCCACGCUGUGGAUCGCAGCCAAGGCCAGUUGAUUGAUAUCAACAUUGAGUAUUUUGGUUCCGAUGAAUUACUGCUCUACAUCUCCCAGAGGUGCCCUCAGCUGAGACGUCUUCGACUUGUACUUUGCUAUGGCGUAACAGGUGAGGGUGUGGCUGAAGCAGUUAAAAAUUUGCCUUUACUGGAGGAGCUGCACUUAUAUUACACCUAUAUUGACAAUGAAGCUAUUGAAGCUGUUGGUCACUGUUGCCCAUUCUUAAAGUCAUUUAAAUUGAACAACCAUGGGUAUAAACUCCCACACAUUGUCUGUGAUCUGGAGGCGCUAGCAGUUGCAGAAAACAUGCCUGAGUUACGCCACCUUCAACUAUUUGGAAAUAAAAUGUCAAAUGAAGGCCUGCAAGCCAUCCUUGACGGUUGUCCUCAUCUUGAAUCACUUGAUCUGAGACAGUGUUUUAAUGUCAACCUUGGGGGAAAUCUAGGAAAACUAUGUUGUGAGCGGAUUAAAGAUCUGAGGCGUCCCCAUGACUCCACUGAUGAUUAUGGAUUUGAUGCUGAGAUUCAAGAUUACGAAACAUCUGGUGACGAUUAUAUUACUGGAUAUUCUGACAUUGACAUGGUGUCUGAUUAUGGUGAUUAUCUGGAAUUCUCUGGUGGCAGUAUGUCGUCUGUUUCUUCAUAUGAGUAUGAAGAUGAGCUUCUUGUUGACUGGGAAUAGAAGGGAAACUGACUAUUCUUGAUCCUUUGUGUGUAUAAUGUGAUUUUGAAGUAUUCGUCUGUAUUAUACAUUGAUAUUAUCCUUAUAAAUGCAUAUAAUAAUUCAUUGA